GGCAUCAGUCUGUAACGAUCGUUUGAACAUACCACGCGCUGCACCGGCUGCUGUUGUUUCGGAUCCAAGUCGCCUCUGAGAACGAAGACGCGCGCGAGCACGUUGCCAAUGUAAGAAACCGCCACUCGGCAAACGGAGUGAGAGACGAACCUGCUGAGUUGUUUUUUGUGUGUUUCGGCGAUUCGGUCAAGAGAUCGCGACCACCGUAAAUAGGAAGCGUCGAUCGAGUUAUAACGAAACGAAACAAAAUUGCAAGUGAUUGGUAAUUUUGACCACCGUUCGGUGCGAAGUAGUGAGAGUGCCAACAGGAAAAAAACGCGAAAAAAUUCAAGCAAAUACAAAACGAAGAAGAUCCACCUCGAGUGAUUGAAUGAUUCUUUGAUCCGGUGAUUGCAAGAACCGAUUCGGUUUUUUUUUUUGGUUCCGGAACGGAAUUAGUCUCUAGUGAAAACGGAUCCAAUCGUAAAGGAGUUGUUAGACGACGAAGAGCUGUGCAGGGGAAGAAAAUAAGCCAAGCGAAUCACCGAUCGGAAGGUCGUUAAAAUCUCCGAGACUUCAUAGUUUUACUGAAGUUGCAUGCGGCGGCGGCGGCGAUCCGGCUCGUCUAAUUAGAACAGAAGAUAGCCCACGUAUAUGCGCUAAAACCAUACAUGAGUGCUACUGGCUACUACAGGUGUCGACAAUAGAAACCAAUGAAGAUGAGAGUUUUGGUGUUACUACUGGUUAACAUAUUUUGCCUGGCAAAGUUUGUCAAAUCCUAUGGCGUUACGGAGCACCGCGUUGACUACAUCAAAACUGUUGACGGUCAUGAAUACGAUUAUCAUUACCACGACGGUUCAGCGCCACGAUUUGAAAAGAGCAAACUUCAUCACCUACAACAACCACAACAGCACCAAAGCAUUCACAAUUUCAACCAUCAGCAACCACUGAGAAGCAAGCGACCCUAUAAGCAGCCCUUCAAGCAGCCCUAUUUCAACAAGUUCUUCACUUCGGGAAUCCAAGACCACAGCUAUGCGAACACCGAAUUCCAGGCCGCGGCAGCAGCCGCUCCAAGCUAUACCAGCAGCGCAAGCUUCAAACAGCAAAAUUCCAUUCCGAUCUUCGAAAGUCACGAAAAAAUUCGACACUCCUUCCUAGACAAUAAUGAUGACGUUGACGAUGAAAAGACCUCUACUAGCGAUUCCGACUACGAGACAGAGCGCCCCAUUAAACGCCGACCAAUCACAAGGCCCAAGACGCUUACAAAACCAAGUUCAAUCAUUGAUUCAAGUCUACAUGGAUUCCACACACCCAGCAAUGGACACCGUGUCAACCAUUAUCAUAACUUUGACGAUUCUUCUGAGUCAGAAGAGGCCCUAUCCAAGCCAUUGACCGGAUCUAGUCACUCGUCCGCGCCCUUCCACUUCCUGACAAACAACUCUGCUCCGACGAAUAUCCCCGGAUUUCACUACAUUGCCGGUGGAUACUCCUACUUCAGUUCACAUCCUGUCCCGAAAAAGAGGAAACAACCAACGCUAGAUGAGGAUUCGUACGAUGAGAAACCACUUGUUGAAACGGUGAUUGCUACUUCGACACGCCGACCGUACGUGGCCCCUACGCUGACCACGACUUCGACCCCACCCUCGAGGUAUCAACCGCAGCAGCGACCGACCAAAUCACCAGUCCAACGACGACCCUACAUUGCUCCCUCACUGACUACGACCAAACAGCCUUACGUCGCUCCGUCCGUUCUGCAGGCCCAGGGUAAGGUAAAAAACGCCAGCCUCCUAUCGUUCGCCCAGAAUCCCAUCGUCGUCAACGGGGCCAGCCGGUUCCGGUACACCAACAGCAAGGCAACGGCGGCCAGCACCAGUGCCAAGAAGUCGGAAAAGCAGAGCGAACUGUACGAGCCGGAAUUUGACAUCGAUAUCCGAAUCGACCUGUCCAGUGAUUCCGCGCAAUGAGGGCACGACCCCCCUGCCAGACUGUGUGUGCGUAUGCAAGUUUCCUGCUAACAACUAAAACGUAUUUCUCUUCUCUUCCCCCUUUUUCUUCUAGCUAAUUAGAGAGAAUAUAGAUUUUUAAUUUAAAUGAAAUUGUUACGACAAAUAAAAUGCUGAGG